CAAACAUCUUAUCCAUCUCCGCCCCAAUAGUCUACACCCAACUCAUAUCCCCAAAUCCUCCUCUCCUCUCCCCUCCCAUCCAUCCUCCUCCCCACAAAAUCUCCCUCUACCCCCACCACUACUAGUAAUCCUCAAAUCUUUCAUAGGCGUUCACAACCCCUCCAUCCCAAUCUUCAACCUCUCUCACAACCUCAGCCAUGGCCUCCACUCUCUUCUCCACACCCACCUUCAACGGCCUCCGCCCCCUCAAGCCCACCGACUCCUCCCUCUCCUUCCCUAGAAGAGCCAGCCUUGCCCUCUCCGCCCGGCCAAGCCGGCCCAGCGCCAAACCCGGUCUGGCGGUCAGGGCCGAGCUGAACCCGUCCCUGGUGAUCAGCCUCAGCACCGGUCUGUCCCUGUUUCUCGGCCGGUUCGUGUUCUUCAACUUCCAGAGGGAGAACGUAGCCAAACAAGGGCUCCCGGAGCAGAACGGGAAGACCCACUUCGAGGCCGGAGACACCCGGGCCAAGGAGUUCGAGGCUCUUCUCAAGUCCAACGACCCCGUCGGGUUCAACGUCGUGGACGUUCUUGCAUGGGGUUCCAUUGGGCACAUAGUGGCUUACUACAUCCUCGCCACCUCCAGCAACGGCUACGAUCCCAAGUUCUUCUGAGGUGGAAUUUGCUGGAGGGUUGUGCACGGUUUGUUAUGAUGGGAUGUAGAGGCUUGGGUUUGGGAGUUGCGGGGAUGUGAUGGUGGGUGGGGGAUCAAUUGUAUAUUAUUUGUAUGACGAAGCUGGCUUUCUGAUCAAUCAAAUAUGCUUAAUUUGCUCUCAGAGCUUAAA